AACCCGCCGCCUAGCCACCGAUUGUGGCAGCCGUACGAGACCCUCAACGCCCUUGAGGCCGAUCUGAAAGACUGGGCUAAGGUCCACGGCUUUGCCAUAUCCCGGACGCGUUCUUCGAAGUAUCGCGAAAUUGUUCAAGGCGAGGGCAAGGUCCCAACCCAGGUUGACUGGUACUGCGAUCGAGGAAGGCCUCGUGGGCCAAGAGGGCACUCCCGGACCACUUCCACAUCCAAGGUUGACUGUAGCUGGAAGGCCCACGCUGCUGCCUCGUUCAAGACAGACUAG